AGAACCGAUUCGCCGAAAUUUAGUAACGUUAGUUCCCGUACAGAAAUCUCGCGAUAUAUCAGAUUACACACCACCACAUUACAGUGUGCAGAGACAGGUAAGAUGGCGGCGCAGGAGACUCAAGCAGCACAGCAGUCGUCCGUGAGCAACGGAGAGGUGAGCAGUAAUGGGGCAGCUGCCUCAGGUGAGGUAGUUCAGACAGGUGCGACUGCACUGGACCCCCAACAACAGCAGCAGCAACAGCAGCCCAAUGCCUGGCAGGUGAUUAAAGGUGUCCUCUUCAGGAUUUUUAUCAUCUGGGCUAUAAGUAGCUGGUUCCGCAGAGGUCCUUCAACUCCAGAUCCCAGCACUCCUGCUGGAGCUCCACGACUGCCCAGCCGAAACCUCUUCCCCAAGGACACUCUUAUGGAUUUAUAUGUUUAUAUCUCUGAGAAUGAGAUAUUUACAGAUUUUAACAAUACAGAAGCACUGUUCUGGUACCAGCAAGAUCUGGUUUAUGGAGAUUGGACCACAGGGGAGUCGGGAGAUGGCUGCUAUGAGCAUUACCAAGAGCUGGACCUCUCUGAGAGUGUGAAGCAGAACGGCUCUACAUACAUCCACAUUUACUUCACCAAGAGUGGCUUCCACCCAGACCCCAAACGCAAGGGCCAGUACCGCAGGCUGUCCACGGUCCAUUCCACUCGAAUGCUCAACAAGUAUAAGAGGAGGAAGUUCCUCAAGACCAAGAACCUGUUGACGGGAGAAACCGAAGCUGAUCCAGAAAUGAUCAAGCGGGCUGAGAGUCAUGGGCCUGUGGAGAUCAUAUCCCAUUGGCAUCCCAACCUCACUAUCAACAUGGUAGACGAUCACACAGCUUGGGUGAAAGGCUCUGUCCCCCCACCUCUUGACCAGCAUGUAAAGUUUGAUGCAGUGAGUGGAGACUACUAUCCCAUUGUUUAUUUCAAUGACUACUGGAACCUGCAGAAGGACUAUUACCCCAUAAACGAUACCCUGCAGAAUCUGCCCCUCCGCCUUACCUACUGCCCCCUCUCCUUGUGGCGCUGGCAGUUAUAUGCCGCCCAGAGUGCCCGCUCCCCCUGGAACUUCCUGGCAGAUGACACUUACGAGCAGUCUGAUGAGGACCAGGAUUCUGUUAAGGUGGCUCUACUUGAGACCAACCCCUACCUCCUGGGACUGACCAUCGUUGUUUCCAUCGUCCACAGCAUUUUUGAGUUCUUGGCCUUCAAGAAUGAUAUCCAGUUCUGGAACAGCCGUCAGUCUCUGGAGGGGCUGUCUGUGCGCUCCAUCAUAUUCGGGGUGUUUCAGUCUCUGGUAGUGCUGCUCUAUAUCCUGGACAAUGAGACCAAUUUUGUGGUCCAGGUCAGCGUAUUCAUCGGCCUGCUCAUCGACUUCUGGAAGAUUACCAAAGUCAUGGACGUCAGGCUGGACAGAGAGAACAGGAUUGCUGGAAUUUUCCCACGAUUGAUAUUCAAAGACAAGUCCACAUAUGUGGACUCUUCAACAAAAAUCUAUGACGACAUGGCUUUUAAGUAUCUGUCCUGGCUGUUGUACCCUCUCUUUGGGUGCUAUGCAGUUUAUAGCUUAUUAUAUGUGGAACACAAAGGCUGGUACUCUUGGGUGCUCAGUAUGCUUUAUGGGUUCUUGUUAACCUUCGGGUUCAUCACCAUGACACCGCAGCUCUUCAUCAACUACAAGAUGAAGUCAGUAGCCCAUCUUCCCUGGAGGAUGCUCACUUACAAGGCCCUGAAUACCUUUAUAGAUGACUUGUUUGCCUUCGUCAUCAAGAUGCCAAUGAUGUACAGAAUAGGUUGUCUCAGAGAUGAUGUGGUCUUCUUCAUCUAUCUGUAUCAGCGCUGGAUUUACAGAGUGGAUCCCAACCGUGUGAAUGAGUUCGGGACCAGCGGAGUGGAGCGAAGCAAGGACAGCCCAGCCCAGCCAGCAGCUGACGACACAACCGCUGCCAUCACAGAUAAAUCAGAGGGGGAGAAGAAGAAUGAUUAACCUCUUUUAACCCCCUCCCUUGCCCUCUAGUCUUGUGAAGGUGUAAGAAGGCAUCUUCAAGGCUGAGUUUAUGUUUAAUUGUCAGGGAAGGGAACUGGAUUAAUGGUAUUACGUAAAAGACUGCAAAAAAAACAAAAAGUUCAGUUCAGCGUUCCUCCUUUGUGUGGGAUCCACAGGGGAAAAUAUAUAUAUAUAUUUAAUGUAGACUUCCUAAAAUCAUUCUUUUUCUAUCUCCCAUAUUUUUGCAGUCAAAGUGAAGUAAAAUGUGAUGUACUGUAUUGUAUAUUUUUGGGUUGGUAACACUAAUAAUUUGAAGGGUUAGGUGGUCCGUGAUUAAAUCCUAUUGGCUGAAGUGAAUAGGGCGAUUGCAGUACAUAUCAUUUUGUUUUUUGAAGUACAAGAGGCUCAGCACAGCCUCGCCGCUCUCCUGAUUCUGUGUACUUAUUUUCUGUUCAUUCCAUGUGUGAAGGGGUACCAGGAAGCAGUGGUGUAGUGUAGGAUGGAGGUGGCCAAGAAAGAAAAAAAAAAACAGCCAAUUCUGUUCAAACGCUACCCGUGUGCGAGACAGACUUUUCACGUUUUUAAAACAAGAAUUGAUGUUGCAAACUUGAACAAAAAAUAAAGAAAUAACAGCCUUGUAGGUAUUAAUAUAUAAUUAUAUUAAUAAUAUUAAUAACUAUGAUUUUUUUUGAAGCCUCUGAAUUUUCUUUUGUAUGUUCUAAAACUGUACAGCAUCUCAGCUUGUAAAACUUAAUCAUGCUGAUGUCAGCUCGUCUAGCAAUAGCUGAAUUGCCAGUCCUCUCACUGAGAACUAGUUUCAUUACAUUCAACUCCAGCUGGACCACCACGUGUCACAUCUGGUUCGGCUUGACAAGUCAACAGUCCAAGAAUGCGUGAGAUAUAAUGCCUGGUUUGUCCUUUUUUAUUUUUUUGGUGCCGUACUUCUGAAUUGAUUGGGCUUUUCUUUUUUUUUUGUUACGUUCCAAAAUUUGAUCACUCAUGUUUCUAGUAAAGCAUAAGUUUAUAGUUUAAAUUGAACGUUGUUUUAUUUAUGUCUCAAGAGUUGUGCAUUUGCAUAUUUGGUUUUUUAAAGGUGUGACAUUAGGCUUGUAAAACACAUGUAUCAAAGGAAAAUGGUAAAUUCUGCUAAGUUUGUAAACCGAAACCACUUAAUGAAUCGGGGGAUAAAUUAAACAUUUGAUUACACCUUA